GAGUCGAGAAACUAAUCAUCUUGCAAAUGACAACAGAAAACAAUGGAAGAAGAUUCAUCAGAUGGUAGUUCUACAACUACAAGUUCCACUUCACGAUCACCAUUAUUGUCUGAUUCAGUAUCACGAAUGCGAAAACAUUUGAAAAGAAAAUUAACCUCAAGAUCUCGAUCUCAUGAAAGCGAAGAUAGUUAUAGCUCCGGAGUGAAAUGUGGGAGGCGUUGUGGAAAUCGUGUAUCAGAAUGGGAUAUGUUUACAUUAGAAUCGCAUGGAAUAUUUUAUGAUGAAAAGGCAACAGAAUUGUUCGAUUUAUAUAAAUCAGUUCUGAAAAAUAUGUACAUGUAUUCGGUGUUAGUAGACGACACCACAUUUUGGACUAAACUUCUUCAGAUAAAGGAAUUUCUGAUUGAAUCAACAAAAAGAUGCAUGAAUAGCUUAGAUGCUGAUGAAGGAUUUGCUAAAAUGGAACAAUUGAGUUCGGGAGAAGUUCUAGGUGAAACCAAAAAGUGUGUGCAAGCAAUAGCAAAAAUAAAAGAGGAAAUUGAAUCAGCAUCAUCAUUAGAUACACUUUCCUGGCAUCUUUUUAGCCUUUGGCAUGCUGGAAUAUUGGAGUAUGUUCAGUACUAUUCUGACUUAAUUAAAGAAUUGUUUUCUGAAAGAAGAAUUGGAGUGGAAGGUGAAUUCUGUCAGCUUCUAACUUUCUUCAGCAAGAUAUUCCUGAUAAAUGCAAUGAGAGGAGAUGCUUUGCAGAAAGUGCAAAUGACACUCAAUGGAACAGAAACAACUAGUGUUCCAGAUUUAAGAUACAGCCUGCAGGGAGAUGCAACUUUGGAAAAAGGAGGAGCAUCUCUUAUGACAGUGACUGUAGGAAAGGUGAAGAUGUGGUUGUUUGCACAUGAUGGAUUAACUAGCACUGAUUUCAAUAUCAGAGACAUGAAGCUUACAGGCCAAUCUGUGGAGAGCUUGUUAGGACAGCAUGGGGAAGAGCUUCUACUGGAAACUAAGAAAUCUGUUAUAGGAACUACAUGUUUAGGAAUGAUUUGUGUUAAGACCAUGAUCAUUUUCACACGUUUGGAUAUGGACAGAACGCAUUUAACACGCUUGGUUGAAGGUUCAAAGGUGGAAGAUUUAAGAAGUAGCAUUCAUUACUCAAAGCCCUACAACUUUUUAGUUAGAAAAGAUCGAGAAGAGAUUUUGGAUACAAUGUUUCAUCUUGGUUUGCUCUGCAGAGUGAGAAGUUCACUAGCACUUCAGGAUUAGCAACAAACACAUUUUGCCUUUUUGUGUUAUUAAGUUCUUUAAUACAGCUCAAACUUGGUGAAUGAAUGCACUAACAUGUUGACGUAAAACUUGGUUUAUAGCUCAUGUUAGCUCUUUUGAUCACAUUAACUCUGGGAAAGUCAUUUAUGCAUGUACAUUUGUAAAAAUGAAGCCACAGUUCACAUGUUUUAUGAUUGUGGUGGAUAUUUAAGCUCAUUUUGAAAUUAUUUGUAGCUCUACUGGUCAGAGACUAGAAGAGCUUAUGUGAAAGUAAGGUGUCUAUCAUCCGUCCUUUUGUCUGUUUGUCUGUAAACAGUUUUUCAAAAUGCUACUCCUUGGUCCAAUUUCAAUAUAACUUGGUUAACAAUUAGACUACACUAAAAUACUCAAUUCUAUAUAUUGGUUUUUAUACCCCCUGCAAACAAAGUUUUGGGGGUUAUAUUGGAAUCUGCAUGUCUGUCUAGUUGUAUGUCCUUCUGUAGUCUGAUCUCGAAGACUAUUGCAUGGAUUUGUCUGAAAAUUUGUACACUCAUUAUUCACCAUAUGAAGGUGUGCACCUGAUAUUUGCAUCAUUAUUGGUUAAUUUUUCUGCAUUUUACAGGUGUUGCAUAAAUAUUUGGUGCUUGCAAAAUUUAUUAA